AGACACGCGGAGCGAGCACGCGCACGUAGCCCCUGCUGCUGCGCGUUCUCGAGGGUCUAUUGUGUUUGUGAGACACAGAGACACAGAGGGACAGAGACAGAGGGACAGACACAGAGGGACACAGCUGCUGCUCCGCGCCUCGACACUCCACAGAUCUGACCUUUGGAAACGCUUCCCGCCAUGACGGACGAGCAAGAAAUAAUGUGCAAACUGGAGAGUAUCCUGGAAAUACGCAACAAGACCGUCCAGAUGCAGAAGAUCAAAGCUCGUCUGAAGAUCGAGUUUGAGGCUCUGGAAUCAGAGGAAAAGCAUUUGAAAGAAUACAAACAGGAGAUGGACCUCCUCCUGCAGGAGAAGAUGGCCCAUGUGGAGGAACUGCGCCUGAUUCACGCCGACAUCAACGUGAUGGAGAGCACGAUCAAACAGUCUGAAAACGAUCUGAACAAACUGCUGGAAACCACCCGGCGUCUUCAUGACGAGUACAAACCUCUGAAGGAGCACAUCGACGCUCUGAGGAUGACCCUGGGGCUGCACAGACUGCCCAACCUCAACGAGGAGGAGGAGAAGCUUUCACUGGAUUACUUUGAGAAGCAAAAGGCAGAGUGGCAGAAGGAGCCGCACGAGCCCGCUAUCCCAGAAUCCCUCGCCGCGGCAGCGGCCGCCGCGCAACAGCUCCAGGUCUCCAGGAAGCAAGACGCACGCCAGACCGCCACCUUCAGACAGCAGCCUCCGCCGAUGAAGGCCUGUUUAUCGUGCCAUCAGCAGAUCCACCGUAACGCGCCCAUUUGCCCGUUAUGCAAGGCCAAGAGCCGCUCCCGUAACCCAAAGAAACCCAAGAGGAAGCCGGAUGAGUAGGUCCACGUCAGCGUCACGGGGAACAAACGACGUGAGCCCAGGUCCAGUGUCCGUAGCCUCCUGGCCACGCCCAGAACAUCCAGAGUCCAGUCCCCUUUGACAAACAUGUAGCUCCCGUUUUAUCAGCUCAUCGUUCUGUUUUUGCUUUGGCCUGAAUCAUGUGACUUCCUAACAGUAUCUGCAAUAAUGCAAAUGCAAAACUUGAGCAGUUUCCCAAACGGCUCGUGUCGGUGUUAACGGCUUCAGGUCGUGUUUCAUUUGAUGUUUGUGUUUGUGCUUCAUGGCUGUUUAUAAUUGUGAUUUUCUGUGGUGAGAUAAAAACACAGACUGUUUAUAUAAAUGGACAUAUCAAACCUGCAGUUCAAACAGGAAGUGAUCGUGACGCACUUCCUGCUCCAUCGACUCCAAUUCACUUUCUAUGUAAAAACUGUGUCCUCUCUCUGUCCUCUCUCUGUGUCCUCUGUCCUCUCUCUGUCUCCUCUGUGUCCUCUCUCUGUCCUCUCUCUGUGUCCUCUGUCCUCUCUCUGUGUCCUCUGUCCUCUCUCUGUGUCCUCUGUCCUCUCUCUGUCCUCUCUCUGUCCUCUCUCUGUCUCCUCUGUGUCCUCUGUCCUCUCUCUGUGUCCUCUGUCCUCUCUCUGUGUCCUCUGUCCUCUCUCUGUCCUCUCUCUGUGUCCUCUGUCCUCUCUCUGUGUCCUCUGUCCUCUCUCUGUCUCUGCUGCUUCAGACUCAUUCUGGUCUUAAAUGUUCGUAUUAACCCUCUACAUGAUCCUGGGGUUUUUAUUUCACUAUUGUGUCUGUAAAAUCAGGAUAUGAACAUAAACCAUCGGUGUGGGCAGGAAGGGGCGUUACCUUUAACAGUCUCGCUCCUGAUUGGCUCUUUGGUUGAUACUCGUGGUCGGAAUUCCAAACACGGAACUGCUCCAAAUCGUCCCUAUACCUGCUCUGGCCUCGAUGAGCUUCAUUUCGAGCUGAAGCUGUGGUGACGUCAGACUCACUUUGUCCACUUGUUUAUACAGUCUGUGUAAAAAAGAGAAUACUGUUUUGGUGUUUACGAUCCUUCAGUGCUCAUAACCAGCCUUUACUUUACAUGUGUUAACUUUAUUAUGUAGUAAAAAUAAAUGUCUUUUUUGUAAUUUGGACU